UCAAAACCUUUUUGACUCUCCCCGCUCCCCGUAGCGCCUUAGCCCGCUCGAGUUUCAAUGCGCGUUGUUGCCUGCCGAAGCGGAGUCCUAUACACCGCCCGCCGCUCUUCUGACCAUGGCUUCUCCGAGUUCCUUCACCUACUACUGCCCUCCAUCUUCCAACCCUGCUUGGUCAGAGCCGCUGUACAGCCUGAGGCCGGAGCACGCGCGGGAGCGGUUGCAGGACGACUCGGUGGCAACAGUCACGUCCAUAGAACAGGCAAAAGUAGAAGAGAAGAUCCAAGAAGUCUUCAGCUCUUACAAGCUCAACCACCUUGUACCAAGGCUCAUCCUGCAGAGGGAGAAGCAUUUCCACUAUCUGAAAAGAGGCCUCCGACAGCUGACAGACGCCUAUGAGUGUCUGGAUGCCAGCCGCCCUUGGCUCUGCUAUUGGAUCCUGCACAGCUUGGAGCUACUGGAUGAACCCAUCCCCCAGAUAGUGGCUACAGACGUGUGUCGGUUCCUGGAGCUGUGUCAGAGCCCAGAGGGCGGCUUUGGAGGGGGCCCUGGGCAGUACCCACACCUGGCCCCCACGUACGCAGCCGUCAACGCACUCUGCAUCAUUGGCACCGAGGAGGCCUACGACGUCAUCAACAGAGAGAAGCUGCUGCAGUAUCUGUACUCCCUGAAACAGCCCGACGGCUCCUUCCUGAUGCACGUGGGAGGGGAAGUGGACGUGAGGAGCGCGUACUGUGCCGCCUCGGUGGCCUCGCUCACCAACAUCAUCACCCCAGACCUGUUCGAGGGCACAGCUGAGUGGAUAGCAAGGUGUCAGAACUGGGAAGGCGGGAUCGGUGGGGUGCCAGGAAUGGAAGCCCACGGCGGCUACACUUUCUGUGGCCUGGCUGCGCUGAUGAUCCUCAAGAGAGAACGCUCCUUGAACUUGAAGAGCCUGUUGCAAUGGGUGACGAGCCGGCAGAUGCGAUUCGAAGGGGGAUUCCAGGGCCGCUGCAACAAGCUGGUGGACGGCUGCUACUCCUUCUGGCAGGCGGGCCUCCUGCCCCUACUGCACCGCGCGCUGCACACUCAAGGUGACACAGCCCUCAGCAUGAGCCACUGGAUGUUCCAUCAGCAGGCCCUGCAGGAGUACAUCCUGAUGUGCUGCCAGUGCCCCGCGGGGGGCCUGCUGGACAAGCCCGGCAAGUCGCGGGACUUCUACCACACCUGCUACUGCCUCAGUGGUUUGUCCAUAGCCCAGCACUUCGGCAGCGGAGCCAUGUUGCACGACGUGAUCCUCGGUGUGCCGGAAAACGCGCUGCAGCCCACACACCCGGUGUACAACAUCGGCCCGGACAAGGUGAUCCAGGCCAGCACGCACUUUCUGCAGAAGCCCGUCCCCGGCUUCGAGGAGCUCCAGGACGACGUGUCUGUGUCGCCAGAGCCUGCCAGCGACUAGGCCACCUGCGGCCCCCGCCUCCCCGCCCAGACCCAUAGUGCGCUGUGUGCCGCACAAGCCUUAGCCACUAUGGAGCUCUGCCUCUCUCUGUCCUUUCGCGCCAAACCAAACCAAGCCGGUGGCUCUGGGGGACGAGAACGCGGUGGUGUGGUUUUCACAAAUUCUUUCCAAAAGUUAUCAAACCAAAAACCUCUUAGCUGGGCGGAAGCGGUGCCCGCCCACAGCUCCAGCUUGGACAGUGCUUGGAAGUGAACGGCCGCACCCACGGCCCCGGCCGGGACGGCGCCUGCCUUGCCUUGCCAGACACUCCCAUGGUACACAGCGUGCCCUAGGCCGUGGGGGACCGUAGGGGUGCCCAGGCCCCACAGCAGGAGCACACGGGGCUGCGCUGGGAGCCGCCUCCGCCUCGCGCCUCCCACCCUGGUCAUUUGCAGGGGCAGGAGCUGGGGUGGGGGGAAGGAGGGUCUCCUGGGGCCGGUUGUCCGACCCCUCCACGCUGGAGAACGGAGUCACCAUGCACCCCUGCAAGGCCGCGCUUGCUGCAUGGAUGACACCUGCUUCUGCCCCAAGGGUGAGGACUUCGGCCCCGGAAACCAAUAAUGAGUGGAAGUGAACCCCAAGUUCCACUCCCAGCCAGGGGAAGCAGCCCCCGGGCUCCCACCCUCUCCCUGCGCAUCAUGUACCUGAGAAUCCCCCAAAGUGCUCAGGGUGGCGCCCACAGCCUGGGGCCACUCACCGCGUCCCCCCUUGCUCCACACUCCCAGUGCUGUCUUCUCUCUCCCCAAGUAUUAACACGACUAGAUCUCUCACCCAGACUGAUGACUUGGGCCUGGCCCCCGCCCUGCCUGCUCUGGGCUCCCAGGAAUAAGGUUAAGUGCUGGGCAGGGCCAUCAGCUGCUGUGGGGGACAGGGGGCCCGGGCGCCUCCACAUCGAGCCCUUCGCUGGCAGUGGGGUGCCGAGCGGGGUCACCUGCCCAUGACCUGGCCGUCACAGACGGGGCUCGGAGAUGCAGCGGGAGGCUCUUCUCAACCCACUGGCCGCUGGCUGCCUCUCACUCCCAUGGCUGUGGCAGGUUGGGCCCCCUGUUACCUCCUUGGAAUAAUAAAAGAAUAACAUUUUCU